CGGUAAGCAGUCUGCAGUCGUGGAUAUCGCGAAAGCUGUAACAGUACUAUGUAGACAUUUAUUCAGGUUAUCUGCGUCAUUCUUCCUCUAAAAUUGUAGCUGUAUCGUGGGUCGUCAUCGGCAGGGGAGAGUAAAAAUACUGCUGUCAAUGAAUGAAUGUUCCAGUGACAAUGGCAGAGCAGCCUCCGCUAGAAUCAGCGGUAAUAAAUGAAGUUCCAUUUCUGCCUCAUAUGGUCAAUGGAGAUGGUGGACAACAGGUUAUAUUAGUCCAAGUUAAUCCAGGGGAGACAUUCACAAUCAGAACAGAAGAUGGUCACAUUCAGUGUAUUCCAGGUCCUGCUCAUGUUCCCAUGAUGUCACCAAAUGGCUCCAUGCCUCCAAUUUAUGUGCCCCCUGGUUAUGUUUCACAGGUAAUAGAAGAAAACGGUGUUCGAAGGGUUGUUGUGUUGCCACACUCAGCAGAAUUCCACCCCAGUAACCAUCCCAAUAUGCAUACCUCUCUAUCUCACGUGCCGCAGUACAUGCACCAUCACCCUGCUUUGAUACCCCAUCCUCAAGUUUAUGCACCAGUAACAGGAACGGGGGAUAUCCCUCCACAGUUCAUUCCUCAGCAUAGUCCACCAUCCCAUGUUUUUGCAGAUCAAGAAUCCUGCACGGCACAUGGAAGGUCAAAUUUCAACCACAGAGAUGAAAGGACUGCUAAGGCACAUGAACGUUUGCAAAAAAGACUUAAGGAUAGACAAAUAGGAGGGCAGAAAGAUAAAUCUAACAGCCCCCCAUCAUCUCCACAUAAAAAUCAUUCAAGUUCAUCCACAGACAUACAAAAUGGAUAUGGAAAGGGAGAACCUACGUAUGGUGUCACAGAAAUUGCAACAGAACCAAAGUCUGGAAAAGCAAGCAGCCCACAAGUCAAUUCAGAGGGUGGAGAUUUGGAUUUGGAAUCAAAGUUGUUACAAGAUCUUCUUUCUAGUAUUACUAAACCCGUGGUAUCUGAAAUUAAAGGAAAAUCAGUUGUCUUAUCCUGGACUCCACCCUCAAGUCCAGUGGAUGUGGAUGAUAAUGUUGAGCAAUUACAAGUAGGCUGCACAUAUGAAGUUACAAUAUCAAACACUGGCACAAGUGGGAAAUUCAAAGUGGUUUAUAAUGGAGAAGAAACAACAGUCACAAUAUCUGAACUGCGACCUGCCACAGAUUAUCAUGUUAGAGUUUCAGCAAUAUAUAAUUCAGUAAAAGGAUCUGCCUCAGAACCAACAAGCUUUACCACAGCGACCAUCGAACCUGAUUGUCCAGCUGCACCAAAACUAAUUAGUAGAACCAAAACCAGUCUAAGCUUGCAAUGGAAGGCACCCAAUGAUGGGGGUUCUAAAAUCUCCAAUUACUUAUUGGAGUGGGAUGAGGGAAAGCAUAACUUCUUCAAGGAAUGCUACCUUGGACUUCAGAAGCAGUACAAGCUGACUAAAUUGUCACCAUCUGCAGGAUAUAUGUUCAGACUUGCAGCUAAAAAUGAUUUUGGAUUAAGUGGCUUCAGUGAACCAGUACAAUAUUAUACAGCGGGGACUGUUCCAGCUGCCCCAGCUUCUCCUCAGCUUAUUCAGGCAGGUGUCACUUGGAUGUCACUGGAGUGGAGUAGACCCAGUGGUGUUUCAGAUGAUGAAUCCAUUACAUAUAUCCUGGAGAUGGAAGAUGAAAGUUCAGGUUAUGGAUUUAAGGUAAAAUACAAUGGAGAUGAGCUUGCUUGCACUUUAAAAAAUCUCACACGGAAUACCUCCUUCAGUUGCAGGGUCUUUGCCUGUAACAGUGAAGGCAAAAGUAACCCAAGUGAUGUUGUCAAAUAUUCCACGUGUCCUGAAAAACCUGGACCACCCAGUAAACCAAGUGUAAAGGGAAAAGUUCAUGCACACAAUUUCAAGGUUGUAUGGGACCCACCAAAAGAUAAUGGAGGGUCAGAAAUUACCAAAUAUGUACUGGAACUCUCUGGGCUGAAAGAAAAUGAAUGGGAUACGAUAUACAGUGGAACAAUCAGAGAGCAUGUCUGUGACCAUUUAAGUCCAGGGGUACAAUACAGAGUAAGGGUUUACUGCAUUAGUAUUGGAGGACAAAGCCAGGCAUCUGAAAUAUUGACUGUGCAAACUGCUGCAAUUCCUCCUGGACCCUGUAGCAGUCUUCAACACUCUGGUAAAUCUAAAGCAAGAGAAGUGUCUCUCCGAUGGGUGCCACCUGCUGUCAAUGGUGGCUCUGCAGUCACAGAAUAUACUGUGGAAAUCGGAGAGCCAGAAUCGAAUGAUCGGAGAUCUGUCUACCAUGGUGCAGAACCAGGGUGUACAGUAGGUGGUCUUUUGCCAGGGAAAAUGUACAGUUUUUGGGUGAAGGCUGCAAACAAAAUUGGGUAUGGUCCAUAUUCGGAGAGGACUGAUAUUUCCACAGUAGCUGCACCCCCUGAUCAAUGCAACAUACCUAUAGCCACGUGUAAAACAGCCACUUGUGUGCAAGUGAAUUGGGAGUGCCCUCCCUCUAAUGGCUCUGAAGUCACAGAGUUCAGGUUAGAAUUUGGAGGCGUGGAAGGCUGCAUGCAGAUUAUUUACUGUGGUCCUGCACAAAGUUAUGAAGUAAAAGGUCUUAAACCUGCCACAGCAUACUACUGCAGGGUUCAGGCUGUGAAUGCUGCAGGUGCUGGGUACUUCAGUGAUACCAUCAUAUGUAUGACGCCUGCUUCGGUGCCAGCUGCAGUGAAUCUACUGCAAGUGAUUGAUCAAGACCAGCUUGAAAUUUUUCCUCUGUCACUGUCAACGUGCCUUGCAAUUCAGUGGGAAGAACCUUGCUGCCAUGGAUCUGAAAUCACAGGUUACAACCUAGAAUAUGGAGAUAAACAAAUUGUAGCUGUUAGCACAACCACAAGUGCCAUCAUUGAAGAUCUUCAACCAGAUACAACAUACAGGAUACGCGUGCAGGCUAUCAAUGGUAUUGGAGCAGGCCCUUUCAGUCAUUCCAUUAAAGCCAAAACAAAACCGUUACCUCCUGAUCCACCUCGCCUCGAGUGUACUGUAUUCAGCCACCAGAGCCUUAAACUUAAGUGGGGAGAGGGGCUCAACAAAGCUUUAACCAUUGAACCAACACAAUAUACCUUACAAAUGGAGGACAAAUUUGGAAGGUUCAUUUCUAUCUAUAGUGGACCUUGUCAUACAUAUAAAGUCCAGAGACUGAAUGAAUCCUCAGCUUACAACUUUAAAAUUCAAGCAAUCAAUGAUGCUGGAGAAGGACCAUUUUCUGAAGUUUACACUUUCAUCACAACUAAAUGUCCUCCUCCUCUACUUAAAGCUCCCAAGGUACAAAUAUUGGAGGAACGUACUUGUGAAAUCACAUGGGAAGCACUACAACCAAUGAAAGGGGAUGUAAUUGUUUACACACUUCAGCUUAUUACUGGGAGAGAUACUGAGCAGGUGUACAAGGGUCCAAUGACUUCAUUUCAUCUUGCAAAUGUUCGGACAAACUGUGAAUACAAGUUCAGGGUCUGUGCUGGUCGCCAAUACCAAGAUGCCAUUGGAAUACAUGAACUCUGUGGACCUUACAGUCCCACUGUGUCAUUCUCAUCUCAGAAAGAAGAAUCAACCUCAAAUCGCUCCAAAACGACUAUUGAGCUUACAAAGCUUCACAAGAAAACGCUAAGCGAUGAGCAUUUUGCUGCCCUGAUUGUUGUGGGAUUUGCUGUACUUUCCAUUUUGUUUGCUUUCAUUAUUCAGUACUUUGUUAUUAAGUAGUGAUUGGGAAACGUGUUAAUGGCUACAAUUGACUCAUUUUAAAUCAAAGACUCUGGCUUUUUCCUCUUGAUUCAUUGUUAAAAUGAUAGAUGGGAAUGAUUGUUGAUGGAAAACAGUUUUUACUGCUGCUGAUAGAAUUUGAGUCUGUGUUAACAGAACCCUGUGUGCAUACAAAGCCACAAUUCCCAUAAAGGGCCCUUCUGAAGCUUCUAAGUCCAGCAUUAGUUGUCCUCUGGACAGCUAGGAUUCCCUUAGCAUUUUAUACCAUAGUGCCAGUGAAAGUUAUAGACAAUUUUUUUGUAAAAGGGGCCUUCCUGGUAGAUGUUGUGGUAGACACAAACCUAUAGUAGAGAAUGUAUUAAGACAAGUAAUGGUUUGUGGAGUCUGGAACAGAGCUAUAUUUGUGGUCAUGAUUUCAGACGCAGCAGGUUUCAUUGAAAAUAAAGCAUAACCACUGGUUGCAAAUAAAAUGUGUACUCAAACAAAAAUUUGGAGAAAAACUUUUAAAAUUAAAUGUUAAAUUUUAUUUACAGCGUGGUAACAGGUCCUUCUGGCCCAACGAGUCCGCGCCACCCAUUUUAAACCCCCAAAUUAACCUACCCGUACGUCUUUACGCAUUUAAUUUUGGAAAAAAAUGGUUCUUCAAAUUGCAUGACCUCUAGACUGAGACCUUAGAUUUCUAUUCUUUUUCCUCAAUCCAUGAAGAUAAUUUGGUGCUACAGUUUUUGCAGCAAACUGCAUCACUUUGUGGAAAAGCAGAAAGUUUAAUAAUGUCUCCGAUUGUAACAAUGUAAUAUAAAUAUUGCUGGCUGUUAUAAAAUUUGAACUGGUGAAUUGCGAUUUUUUUCCCAAAUAACAAAAUAUACCAAAACAUAGUAAAUUGAAAAUGCAAGUAUUCCCCUUGAGAGACAGGAAGAAGAGCAUGUCUAAUGUCCUUUAGGUAUUUUGAAUAUCAAAACUAACCAGGAAUCAUAAUGUUGUUUUGCUGAGCAUAAUUUCCUAAGUGUUUGUGUACCCAUUUUCCUAUAUGAUGUCAUCUUCAGAAUGUCAUAAUUACAUUCCAUUACUUUUCCAUCAGCGAUGGCACCAUUUGGUUUUUAAUGCUAUGCAUUUGGAAGAGAUCUGUUUUUAAAUGUUUAUUUUCAAUGAACACAGUAUGCUCAUGAAAAAGAGUCAUUAUGUGUAGUGAAGUGACAAGUCCCAGGAAUUUCAUUUAUUGUGCAAUUCUAGAAUGAUCUCUCUGAAUAUAUAUCUUCCAUUUUAUACUUUAUUUAUUGUGGUUAAGAGGUCCAGGAAAUUCAUUGUAUGAAUGUAUUGUUUAUCAUAUUUGUAAGCAAAUAUUAAUUUGAGUUUCUCAAUAUAGUGGAAAUUGUGCAUUACCCUGUUAUUGAAAAUAUUUCCAUAUUAAGAUAACCCUAAAGAGACAUGUUUGAGUCUUAAUUGCCCCAUGGAAUGGUUUACAUGCUAUUCCAUGAUCAAUCUCUUUUCAAUUCCAUUUUUUAAAUUUCCAAAAUGAAUUGCAGCAUGCAGUUAAACUAAAUAUCAGCAAUAGAAUAUUUUGAUGAAUGUGUGGCCAAAGUUUUUUUUAUAUUUCAACAUAAUGGAGUAAGCCACUAUGGUGGUGAUAGGCUGAUUUAUAGUAAUAGUCUUUUCUAGACUUGGGCAAGCUUUGUAGACUGGAAUAUUUUGAUGAAAUAUAUAGUGCCUGAUUCUGGAUAUUUUAAGUACAAUGAGUAGGCAUUGUAUAAAUGCUUAAAAGUAGCAGUGAGUAGGUUUACUCACUACAAUAUAUUGUACAGAUUUAGUAAAAUUUGUUGCAUAGAUUUUAAAAUGAAAUAUACAUUCCAAAUAUAACUUGGAUGGCAUUAAUGUACUAAGUAUUGCUUUCAAUUUUUUAUUAUACUAAAUGGAAUCAUUCACAUAUUCAUAUGAAAGCUGCCAUUCCUAUGUAUAACUAAACUGUAACUAUCAAAUAGAUAAUAUAUUUAAUAACAGCGAAUAAAAUGUAAAUUAAUUCCAUAAAAUGAAAAAAUUUUGUACAUGUAUAUUUCAUUUCAGCUACAGGCAAGUGUUUAGCUGUGAGUGGUGAUUGUGUAGUUUCUUAAAAUAAUAUGUUCUUGCAAAAGUACACAAGUUCUUACUGAGAGGAAAUUCAGCUUUGAAUCAUAAUAGAACUUUUUUUUUACAAUUGAUUGAAAACAUUAAUUUUUUUAAGAAACUGCCCUAAAAUACAGCUUAGAAUGAAACUGAUCUGAUUUACUUAUUGAAAUGAGAAAGAAUUCAUAUAUAUCUUUGAUAUAAUUAGCUAUAUGCAAAAUAUUUAUAAGUUUUGCAUAUAAUGUUUAUCUGUAAUGUGUAGGACAGUUUACAGAAUUUGCAGACAGGAAACCACAGGUAUUAUAAACUACUAUACAUAAAUCAUUUUGGCACUUUGGAAGAAAGUUAGCUACUCUUUGGGUUAGGAUAAAUAACCACAACAAAUCUUAAUUCAUGCACUUGACAAAAAUCUAAAUUCCCAUAUAUUUUUCAAAAAAAUCAAACAAACAAUAUUGGAUCAGAAUUUAAUAUUUACUUCUGGGAUUUUGAAUGUUUAAAUUGAAAUGGAAGCCUUGAAAAAUAUUUCUAUUUUCAAAUAAGAUUAAAUUGUCUUGUUUAAACUUACUAGACAUGUAUUAGAGUUUUAUAUGCUUUGUUUCUAAAUGAACUCUCAUGAACCAAAGCCAUUCUGACUACCCUUAAUCAGUCCUUGCCUUCCAAAUGCAAAUAAAUCUUGGA